GGUGCCAGAUGGUGUUGCGUUUUGGUGCGGACAAUUUUUACGAUAAUUCGGUCUCGCGGAACGACUGAAAAUGACGGAAACUCCCGAGAAACGGAAAUUGAGCGAGUUGCGUGUGGUUGAUCUAAAAUUUGAGCUCGAAAAGCGCGGCAAAGACGGGAAUGGCGUGAAAAAUGUGCUGCUCGAACGGCUCACUCAGGCAUUGAAGGAUGAUGGCGAGGAUCUGGAGACGCUAGAAUUCGAAAUAGUGGCCGGCAAAGCAGUGGGAAAGAAAGUAAAAGCACACCAGGGCGGUGGCAAAACGGACGACGAAUCCAGCGUCACAGAAGCUCCAACGGAGCAAGCUGCGGUUGACAGCAAAGAGAAUAGUGAACCCGAAGAAGAGGCGGUGAAGCUUUAUCCCGUAGUCAUGGUCGUGAAGGAAGAGGUUAACAUCCGCGAAUACGCAGCGGACGAACAGGAAGAUAGCGAAGAAGCCAGUGAUAAGCAAGAGGCCGCGGAAGUUGUUGCAGAAGAGCAAAAAGAGAACGGAGACGUGGAAUCGGCAGACUUCGUUAAGCCGGCCGAUCCGUUGGUGGAGAAUGCGGUUCCAGACACGCGCGCCAUCAAAACGGAAGAUAUGAGAGAUGACACAAAGGAAGUGGAUAAUGAAGAUUCCAUAAAUCUUACCAUCGGAGAAGACGAAGAAAACUUGCUGCACGAUAGCAAUAUGGAAAUUGAGCUCAAAAAAGAAGUAGUGGAGAGCGAUAAAGAUGAUGUCAACAAGAAGGAGGAAAGCACAGAAGAAAACGCUUCCGAACAGGUCAAAGACGGCGAUGAGAAGCGCGACGGCAAAAGCGAGAAGAUUUCUACAACCGGCACCAGCAGCGAGAAAGACGGCACGGCAGCAAAAACAACAUCAUCAUCAUCUGCGGCAGCAGCAUCAUCGACCCGUGCCGGUAGCAGUGAAAAGUCUACCAAAACUUCGCCAACCACCACCGCAGCGGCUGGCGGCACUACGGACGGUGGCGGUGAGAACGGUGCAGCGGUUUCUACGACGACGAUGGCGACGGCAACACCGACGACAACAUCGACGCCGACGCCAACGGCGGCCAGCAGUGCCGGCGGAAGCAGCCCCGGGGCAUCAAACGUGGUGGGCCGCAAUUUGUGGGUGUCGCGGCUGUCGUCCCUCACUCGGGCGACCGAUUUGAAGCAGAUCUUUUCCAAAUACGGCAAGGUGAUGGGCGCCAAAGUGGUGACCAACUCGCGAACUCCUGGAACGCGCUGCUACGGCUACGUCACGAUGGCAUCGGCAAAGGAUGCAACCGAAUGCAUCAACCAUCUGCACCGGACCGAACUGCAUGGUCGUAUCAUUUCCGUUGAGCGUGCCAAAUCGGAACUCGGCGGCCCAUCACGUCAAUCGUCGUCGGCAACCGAUUCACUUCACCGACCUUCAACCACCGACAAGGAAAGAUCGUCCGAGACGGGAGCUACAGCCUCAUCAAAGGGUAAGGGAACGACGGGUGGUAGCAGCAAAGGUGAUGCAAAGUCGACAUCAUCAUCGGAGGACAACAGGAAGAAGAACGGAGAGACGGCUUCUGGUACCGGAGAGAAGGAUCGCAAGGGAUCGUCGCUGGGUGGUGAUGUAAAGAGUCGUCCUAGUGGGGACAAAAGUCGAAGCACCGCCGGUAGCGAGAAGCAGCGCAGCGUAAGUGCCACGCGUAAAAGCAGCUACGAGCGCGGAACCAAACCGAUCGGAGCUGACCAGCGCAGCGUGCACCACCAUAAGAGCCGAUCACCGCACGACCGUCAUUCACCAGUGCGGCGAUCGUCAACUCAGCGCGACCGAGAACCACGGCCCCGUGGCAGCCGCGAUCGCGCAGACAAGCAUCAUUCGCGUGACCGCGAGGUACUAUCGUUGCAGAAGAUUCGCGAGGAAAGGGAACGACAACGGUUGCGCGACCGGGAGCGGUUGCUGCGCGAAGAGGAACGCCGUCGGCGCGAGAUACGGGCCCGGCAGCGUGAGGAGGAGGAGCGCUUGGAGCGUGAACGCGAAAAGCUGGCCAGCGAACGGGAGCGCAUUGAAAAGGAGAAAGCGGAAUUGCUGCGGAUCGUGCGCGAGCGCCAGAAGCUCGAGCGCGAGAAGAUCGAACUCGAGCACCUGGAGCUGAAGCGCCAGCAAAGGAAAAUCGAGGAAGCUAAGAGGUCGUUGAAGCGUCCGUCUUCGACCGACCGGUACGAUGAUGACCGAAAACGUCCGACAACAGAUCGUCGGGUUGAAGCACCACCGCCGCCACGUUUUGAUUCGUCAAUUUCUUCCGGCUCCGGCAGCCGUUCCAACUACGAUCGUCUUGCGCAGACGGACAAGAAACGGUCGGACGACUACUCAUCGUCGUCCUCCUCGAAACGGGACGAUUUCCGACGCGCCGGAAGCUUCAAGCGCAGCGGUACCGACGAUUACGGCAAACGUUCGGGAGACGAUUACAAGCGCGGUGGCGGUGGAGGCGGCGGCAGUAACGAUGACUACAAGCGUGACAAUCGUUCCGACUACAAAGGCUCCGGUCGGGCUGCUGACGACUACGGGAAGCGUGACAGCGGGUACAGCAAACGCGAUCUGGACCGUUCCAUACCAAGCUCCUACGAAAGCCGUGGCGGUGGCAGUGGUGGGGGAGGUAGCAGCUCCACCGGAGGGUUGCUGUCUCAGUCGAUCGGCAAGGAGAGCCGGUACAGUGACCGAUCGAAUGACUACCGUGGUAGUGGUAGCACCAGCGCUGGCCUUAAUGGCGGUAGUGGCGGCGGUGGUAGCCGGGCUGACGAUCGCGAUCGUAACAAUUCCUCCGGAAGCCGCUAUAGUGGCGGAAGCACGGCCGUGGUCGGUAGUAGCUGGCAGAUUGGUAGCAUUUCAACGCUCGGAAAUUGGGGCGACAAGUCGAACGAUGGUGGUGGCGGUGGCGGCUGGCGCAAUAUGGACGGAGGGCAGGAUCGGUAUGACCGGACGUACAACGAGCGAAAGCCGCUCCCGAUGUCAGGCGGUGGUGGCGGAGGAUUUAUGGAUCAGUCCCGCGGAAACCAGUUCAUUGGCGGCGGAAGACCACAAGACCGCUACGGACAGUCUGUUUCGAACAGAUUCGACAAUGGACGCUACUAGGCAGGGGACGAUCAACAUGAAUGGCAGUUAAAGUAUUUGGAUAUAAACCGGUGACGAAAGCAGCCCUUCUACACGUAUCGUAUACAUGUCGAUAUUUUCCUAUUUGUUUCCUCCCGUCACCGGUACAAUUCAUUCCUCCAGCGAGGGAGUGAAAUUAUGUAGGCAAAUGCGCCCUCGCGCGAUGAUGUUCCGGAGACCGCGGGGUGCAGCUUUUAAUCGCGCACUUAGCCGGUAAGGGGGAUACACAUAAAAUCCUAAGUGUAGUUUUAAAUUGCUAAAAUAGACCGAUA